AUGCAGUUUCAGUAUUCCCCCAACUGGGACUUGAAUUGGGAGCUUCCAAGCGAAGUAAAAGCGAAGUUGCCCAAAGCAAGUUGCAAAGAAAGCACCAGACAAGCUUUGCUUUGUGCCUCUGACUUCUCACCCCUGGGGUAUGCCAGCAAGAAGCGAUCUCAGUUUCCUUUUCCAGGAAUCCUAGCCAUAGAUACACCUCAUCCCAGGAAUUCUGCUUUGUAUCAUCUCACCAAGCAGCUAUUACAGAAAUAUCACAAGGAAGUGAGGCCAGUUCAUGACUGGACGGAAGCCACCACUGUACACCUGGAUGUAUCCCUCCGUGCUGUACUCGAUGUGGAUGUACAGAACCAAAAAUUAAAGACAAAUGUAUGGUACCGUGAGGUUUGGGAUGAUGAGUUUUUAUCAUGGAACUCCAGCAUGUUUGAUGAUAUUAGAGAGAUCUCCCUACCUCUAAGUGCCAUUUGGGCCCCUGAUAUCAUCAUUAAUGAAUUUGUGGACAUUGAAAGAUUACCUGACCUCCCAUAUGUUUAUGUGAACUCAUCUGGCACCAUUAAGAACUCUAAGUCCAUCCAAGUGGUCUCUGCAUGCAGUUUAGAGACAUAUGCUUUUCCAUUUGAUAUCCAGAAUUGCAGCCUAACCUUCAAUAGCAUUCUGCACACAGUGGAAGAUGUAGACCUGGCCUUCCUGAGGAGCAGAGAAGACAUUAAGCAUGACAAAAAAGCAUUUUUGAAUGACAGUGAGUGGGAACUUCUUUCUGUGUCCUCAACAUACAACAUCCUGCAGAGCAGCGCUGGAGAUUUUGCACAGAUUCAGUUUCAUGUGGUGAUUCGCAGGCGCCCACUGAUCUAUGUUGUGAGCCUUCUGAUUCCCAGCAUCUUCCUCAUGCUUGUGGACCUGGGGAGCUUCUACAUACCACCCACCUGCCAUGCCAGGAUUGUGUUCAAGACCAGCGUGCUGGUGGGAUACACCGUCUUUAGGGUCAACAUGUCUGAUGACAUUCCACAGAGUGCAGUGAGCACCCCUCUGAUUGGGGUCUUCUUCACAGUUUGCAUGGCCUUCUUGAUUCUCAGCUUAUCUAAGUCCAUCUUGUUGGUCAAAUUCCUUCACAAUGAGCAGUGCAGUGGGCAGAAGCAGCCCCUCUUGUGCCUUCAAGGGGACACCAAUACUGAUGGACUUAGAAUGGAUCCCAGGGCUCAGCUUGUUGGAGUGACAGAGUCCCCUGCCUGUCAGGAGCACCAGGCCCAGUCAGGGACCCUGAAUGAAGUCUUGUCCCAGCUUCACUCCAUCAGCAGCUACUUCCAAACCCAGGACCAGAUGGACCGACAGGAGGUUGGGUGGCUGGCCCUCCUGGAACGCUUUGACCGACUGCUCUUUCAAGGCUACCUUGUGGUGUUGGUACUCUACACCAUCACCCUGUGCUCACUCUGGGCACUGUGGAGCGGCUUGUGAAGAAUGAACCUGGCUGUUCUCAAUCAAUAUGUUCUUACAACACUUUGAGAAAGCUGAAUGUUUCCUGUGGGGAGAUUAGAGGACAGGAAUGGUGGGUUAAAAGGCUCUCCAACCCCUAUAAGUCUUCAUUCAGUCCAGUUAUGAUCACCUAAUCAGCUAUUACAUGGCCCAAGAAUAAUGUACUCAUGAUGAAAAUGCAUAAAUAGUAUGGGGCAUAUGGGGAAAGUAAGCCUGCCCUUAUCCCAGUUCAUUCCCCAAAGUGACCAAUGAUAGCAGUCUUUCUUAGCAAAUUUCUAGAUAUACAUGCAUAUUAUGUAUUUUUAGCAGGGGUUUUUUUCAGUGUAAGAUCCCUUCAUCUCCCAACCCUGUCUUGGUCACUUAGUCAGUCAGUCAUUCAAUUAAGUUCUAGGCAUUGUGUUAAGCACACCAGAAAAUACAGAACAGGCUAGUCGUGUAUCAUCUUUGUUUGACUUGAUGCCUAAAGUCAAGCUUGUAUCAACCAGGGCACAAAAUUUCUGCCAUAUCUGUGUCCUGAAGCUCUUGUUCCACUAUCCCAGUUGAGUCCAUCUUCCCCCACAUCACCUCAGCAGUCAGAGCAUUACUGUUGGAGGGAAUCCACAUGCCAAGGCUUCCAGGCUCAAUCUAGUACAAUGUUUAGUCAGCAUACACCACACGUAAGACACUGAACUGGGGGAUAGGCUUAAUGCAUGGCCCUU